AAUUUUUCAAAGGUAACAAAAACUCAAACAAUCAAAUAAGAGUCCAAAAAAUUAGCUAAAGAAAGGUAAGAGGCCAAGACAAAUUCAGGCAGAUCCAACCGAGUUAGACCCGACCCGUUUUCAGCAUCCCCUCCCCAAAUCGGACCCCAUCGGGUAGAGAUUUCCAGAAGAAUGCAAAUUUCUUGAAUUGGAAGGAGAAACAGAGAUUAUGCAGUUCAAAAUUGUUCAUAUUGGGAAAGAGGAAGGAAUAGCACAGAAUUAGAAAUACGGUAACUGCAGGUGAGCUCAGUCUAGGUCGUCGGGGUUCACUGCAGAGAUGAACGGCGGCCCGUCUGGUUUCAACAAUGCGCCGGCGACGAGAGCUUUGGUGGUAGCUUGUGCCCUCUUCACGAUAGCUUUUGGGAUUCAAGGCCGUGCUAACAAGCUUGGAUGGUCUUAUCAGGACAUCUUCAAGAAACUCCAACUUUGGAAGCUAGUUCUAUCAGUGUUUUCCUUUUCAUCUACCCCAGAACUAGUAUUUGGAGCAUACCUUCUUUAUUACUUCCGUGUCUUUGAACGGCAAAUUGGUUCAAAUAAGUAUUCUAUAUUCAUCCUGUUCUCUGUGGUAGUUUCUUUUCUGCUAGAGGUCGUUGGAUUAAAAAUUCUCAAGGAUCCUUCAUUGAACGUACUUGCAUCUGGGCCCUACGGUUUAAUAUUUUCAUCAUUUGUACCCUUUUAUCUUGACAUACCGGUUACGACACGCUUCCGUGUGUUUAACCUCCACUUCUCUGAUAAGGUGUUUAUUUAUUUAGCCGGCCUUCAGCUUCUUUUUUCUUCCUGGAAAAGAUCAAUUCUACCUGGUGUGUGUGGAAUUCUUGCUGGCUGCUUAUAUCGAAUGAAUGUUUUUCGCAUUCGAGGGGUGAAGUUUCCAGAUUUUCUUGCUUCCUUCUUCUCUCAACUCUCUUGGUCAUCCAUACGGAGUACACCAUCAACAACACCAAGGAAUGUUUCAGGACCCGCACCACCAUCCUUUGUUGGCCCACAAAUUGGGGGUAACCAUCCUGCUCCUCCCCCUCCAUCAUCAUCUUCUGGAGCAGAGCCACCGGAGGAAUCCAUAGCCACACUGGUAUCAAUGGGCUUCGACAGAAACUCAGCAAGGCAGGCACUGAUACGCGCCAGGAACGAUGUCAACGCAGCCACGAACUUCCUUUUAGAAUCGCAUUGACCCCACACAUGCCAGCUGGAGGCUUCUAGAAUUGCUCACUCCUUGUAAUAUUCUGUCAAGCAAAACAAAGGGUACUAUUCUUCUUCUUUUCCCUUUUGCAUUUCCCUGUGUAACCUCUCAUCUUGGUUAGUGUUAGCAAUGCCUGUUUAAAGACCAGCUUGAAGAAGAAGGGCUUAGAAACCAAUACAUACAGAGAGUAUUAAUAUAUGAUCAACUUUGGAGGUUGGAGUAAUAUGCAGAUGUGUUUGUGUAAUAUUAGAGGUGAACUUAUCUUAGCUCGAAUGAUUUUCGAGCUUCUAAGGGUGGACUCUGAUACCAUGUAGAAUUCACAAGAAAAAAAAUCCCCUUAGAUAUAUAUAAUAACAAAUGUUUGUCUUAAUUCAUAAACACAUUCCACUGAUUCCACAAUAUAUAUUUUUCCCCAUCCACAUACCAAAAACAACCCAAACAUCAUCCAAAACUCCUCUUGAAAGUAAAAAAAAUGAAAUAAAUAUCAAAUGUAAAAAAAAGAAGAAAUUCUAUGAACAAAACAUAACUUGAAGCACCAGGAUAAUAACCAACCAAACAGGGCACUAACAGAAGCAGUACAAGUAAUGGCAUACUAUUUUCUUUCAUUCCAAAGGCUUGGUCUUGGACCUGUAGAGAAGCUUCUUCCUCUUUGAAGUCUGGUUGUUGAAGGUUAGCACCACCUUCCCUGUACUGUCUGCUUUGUAGGUUGUACCUAUUAUGGUCUCGUCCGCUGACCCGAUCUUCCUCGGCUUCUCCAAGAUGAUGGUGUAGGCCCCUUCGUCCGCCGGAACGAACUCAGCUCCGUACGACACAUCCCACCCUAUCACUCUUGCCUCCCAAGCUAGACUGCUAUUCUGCAACACCCCCAAGGCCCAAACACAUCACAUUAAAAAACUCCUAAACUU